GGCCGCGGCGUCAGUUGGCGCGUAGCGCUCGCCUCGGCCACUCGUGUCUGCCCUGUAGCGGAGCUCUCGCGAAACUUUACUCGACUCGACGUACGAAGUAUAUCUUACGUGUGUGAUUUAGACUAUUCAUGUAUGUACAGUGAAUGUUACGUUACUAAGUGGACUCUCAGCGUUUUAGAACUUACAUGUAAAAACGUUUUAGUGUUAUAAACUUACAGUUUUGAACUUUGAAAAACUUUCAAAUUGCGCGGCAGUGACUCGCUGCAGUUCUCCAGCGAUUAACUCGUUAACAAGACAUCGGACUCUCUACUUGUUGAACUAAGCUGUGAAUGUGAUAUUUCACCGUAAUGACUUCAAAGAGGAUGAUAGCUAGAUGUACUGCGGUGCCGCGACAGCUCAACAAAUAAUUAUUUGCUGACACAAAAUGUAAAUACCUUUCACCGGAGCCUUCUACUGUAUCCGUCACGAUGGAGCUGGAAGACGUGGAGAUGUACCACGAAGGCAACUUCUCGUACGACGAGAACGGCACGUACAACGGAACGUUCGAGAACUGCCCCAACAUCAACCUGCCGGUGGUGUACGUGGUGACGCAGGUGCUGUACGCCAUCGUGUGCGUGGUGGGGCUGCUCGGCAACACGCUCGUCAUCUACGUGGUGCUGCGCUACUCCAAGAUGCAGACCGUCACCAACAUGUACAUCGUGAACCUCGCCAUCGCAGACGAGUGCUUCCUCAUCGGCAUACCCUUCCUCAUCACCACCAUGUCGCUGCGGUCCUGGCCCUUCGGACGCUUCAUGUGCAAGGCCUACAUGAUAUCCACCGGCAUCAACCAGUUCACCAGCUCCAUAUUCCUGUGCAUCAUGAGUGCGGACCGGUACAUAGCGGUGUGUCACCCGAUAGCAGCGCCGCGCCUGCGCACGCCGUUUGUGUCGCGCGUCGUGUCGGCGGCGGCGUGGACGGCGUCUGCGCUGGUGAUGACGCCCAUAUUCAUGUACACCACGUUGAUACCCACCGACAACGGACUGUCGUGCAACAUCGUGUGGCCGGAGCGCGAGUUCAACAAGGGACAGACGUCAUUCACACUGUACUCGUUCGCGCUCGGCUUCGCCGCGCCCCUCACUCUCAUCUUCGUGUUCUACUGUCUCGUUAUUCAAAAGUUAAAGACUGUCGGCCCCAAGAACAAGUCCAAGGAAAAGAAGCGAUCUCACAGGAAAGUGACCAAAUUAGUUCUGACUGUGAUUGCUGUAUACGUGUUGUGUUGGCUGCCGUACUGGGCGUUCCAAGUAGCGCUCAUCUACUCUCCGCCGAACGAGUGCGCCAACCGCAUCACUAUCACAGUGUUCCUGGUAGCCGCGUGCUUCAGCUACAGUAACUCAGCCAUGAAUCCGAUCCUCUAUGCCUUCCUCUCGGACAAUUUCAAGAAGAGUUUCCUGAAGGCGUGCACGUGCGCCGCCGGCAAGGACGUGAACGCGACGCUGCACGUGGAGAACAGCGUGAUCCCGCGCAAGCGCGGCGGCGGCGCGGCGCGCGCGCAGCUGCGGGCGGCGGAGUCGCGCGGGGUGUCGGCGGGCGGCGGCGCGGGCGGCUCGCGCUCGGAGGCGUCCACGGCGCUCACAUCCAAGUCGGCGGCGGGCAGCGAGGCGCUGGCGCUGGAGGCGCGGCCGGCCACGCUGGCGCCGCUGAUAGCGCCCAACGGGCUGUCGCACACGCGGCUCUGAGUGCGGGCCUCUCGCCGGCGCGAGCCCUCCAGCGCGCUGCUGGAGGAGGACACGCUGAUCGUGUCCAUCGACUAGGCUAGCGGACUGUGCGAGGCGCGCCGGCCGCAGAGACGCGAGCCCUGUCUCUCGGCCGCCGAGCCGCCUCGACGCCUCUUCUAAUGGUUCAACUUUCAAUAUUUCGUGUCAAGUGUGAAGUGUGGAUCGAUUUGUGAUGAAAUUGUUCUGUUUCUGUAUAAAGUCAAAAUUGUAUGGAGUCGAUUCGGCCUAGGGUUGUAACGAUGAAUUUACUAAAAUGUAAUUUUUUAUCGCAUAGCGAAUGUAAGGUUACCUGUUUGUAUACUGCGUAAUUAAGAUGUAAAAAAUGUACAUAUCGUGUAAAUAUUCGUAAAUUGUCAUAAUGUCACAGUUGUAAUAAAAUUACGUUCGUGUA